UUCGAACAUACAGCUUAAAGACCUUUCACCUUAAACGAGUUGAUAAUGUUAUUGGGCGAUAAGUUUCAAGCCAUCUGGAUAGGCGAAUGAACUGAGAAAAAGUGACAUUGACGUUUAUGUAGUGGUGUACACAAUAUGAAGAUCAAUAUUAAUCAUUGUAAAAAUAAUUGACGAGGAUAUAAGCUGCUGGAAAUCUUAUCGUGCAUCCAAAUGUGAAAAUCCAAAAUUAACACCAAACUCAAAUAAUCUCAACGCUUUGAUGAAGAAAGUGUUCAACGUAUGAUUAACCUACUGCCGUAACCACUAGCCAAUUAAUAUAUUUCUCAUAGUUAUAUCCGUUAAAUAAAGUUUACAAUAGGUUAUGGUUAUAGCUAGUGGGGGUUGGAUUCAAAAUGCUACUUAUUCGCCGACCCCGAACAAUUCCAACCUGAGCACUAGUAACACGCCAAACAACAAGAUGGCUGCUAAGGCAGUUUUGAUUUGUCGGGCAAAUUCCCAUCCAUUUCACGAGCGCACCGUUUCGCUCGAACAACCAGUUAAAAUUGGUCGUUCCGUGGCGAGAGCUCGAGCUACGCCGAACAAUGCUAUAUUCGACUGUAAAGUGCUUUCGCGAAAUCACGCCUUGCUCUGGUACGAGGCUGGUAAAUUUUAUAUGCAAGAUACCAAGAGUAGUAACGGAACGUUUAUCAAUAGCCAAAGACUUAGCAUAGGUGGCGAAGAAUCAGGACCCAGGGAGGUGUGCUCUGGUGAUAUUGUACAGUUCGGAGUCGAUGUUAUGGAAAACACGAGGAAGGUUACUCACGGAUGUAUCGUCGCUACUUUAAAAUUGUACCUGCCUGACGGUAAAGAAGCUAAAGCUAGCGUUAGCACGUCGGUUGCGAGUCCUACGAGCAGUGUAUCCCUGGAGGAUUUGUACAAACUUAAUCAAUUCUUGCAAGAAGCUAACAGACGGGAAGAGGUCCUUAACGGCAAACUUCAUCACCUCCAAAGACUGGUAGAAACGACAAGACAGGCAGCCGAUCAAUCGUGGAAAGCUUUGAUUGACGAGGACCGUCUAUUAUCGCGUGUCGAAACUGUCGAGAGUCAGCUAGUUGCUUAUUCGAAGAAUUUUACAGAGGAUAAGAUAAGGAAUGAGCUUGUUAAACUCCAAGAAGACAAAGCACAGUAUCAAACAGCGGCUAAGGAAGCUUUGCAGAAAAUAUUGCAGGAGAAGUUAGAGGUGACACAAAAGUUUGCCAAUCUUGAAAGGCAGCUUAACAAUACCGAAGAUGAGUGUCAGAGUUUGCAUGAAGUAUCCAAAACUACGCAGGCUGAGCUACAGGAACUAGCAGCUAAGUAUACCGAGGCCCAAACUAAAAUAAGCGAAUUUUCUAACAAAUUGGUAGAGAGCGAAGACAAGAUGAAGGACUUGGUAGCUCAAGCUGAACAAGAAAAGAAGGGACUGCUAAAAAGGAUCAAGGAUCAGGCUAGAGUGGAGAAAAUCUUGCAGUCAAAACUUAGGGACUUCAGGUAUGACUCUACUACCAUUCACGAGAAAGUGACUGCACUUAGAAAGCACCUCAAGACUUUGCAAGAUAUGAAUUUGGACCUUCUUACCGACGAGACCCAGCUUGCCGUUAACAAUAUAUUGUACAAAACAAAGCUGAUGUCUAUAGAAGACUUUGAUUAUAAUGAGGAGUCUAAUUCUUACGCGAACAAAAUUGAGCAUGACAAUCAAAUUAACUCAAACUCUUGCAACAAGAGCAAUAUCGACGUAUCAUUGUCAGAGAUAGAUAAGAUUGUAGGGUGCAUCCUGGACCCACCUUCCAGGAGAACCCUGGUCAAUGGAAACGCUAAUUUAGAUAAUUUAGACACCAGCGUAGAGUCUGACAAUAACUCUGAGGUUAGCGAAGACGCUUGUACCACCACCAGCGACGAUGGCAGCGAAAAAUCAGUCGUCGAAGUGAAGAGAACCAGCGAAGAAAACAGCACACCAACUAAAGCUGCCGGUCAGCCAGCUAGAUUAUUAGAGGUGAGAUUUGCUUGCGAAGAAAAUGGCGAACCUUUAGAGGUUCAUUAUGAUCCUGUUGAACAAACCGGAGAGGAGUCCGAGGUUUCGAGUUUUACAUGUGAUUCAAAGGAUAUUAAAAAUUCAGCAGAAAGUGAAUUCGAAGACAUUGAUAAAUCUUUUGAAGUAUGCGAUAAAGAAAAGAAACGUGAAAAUAGUGAGGAGCGUGACGAAGAUGAAGAAGAAUGCGGCGAGGGUGAACAUUUAGAUGGAGAUUAUAUAAAGACUUUAAAACCGAUAUCGAAAAACGAGUCUGCACAACAAAGUUUACAGUCUAAGGAAUAUACUCUUCAAACUUUAAUUGGCUCUUUGGACUCCUUGAAGGAUGAAGAUAACUAUGAGGCACAGCAAUUAGCUAAUAAGGAGCUGGACGACCUUAGAGAAUGGCUGAUUCACGAGUCUAAUGAAACUGUAAUAAGUAAACUAAAGGAGUUGUAUUAUCGUGCUAAAAAUGAGACUCAACGUAUUCAAGAAAUAAACGAAGAACUUGUCAUUCUUAAAGAAAAGUGCAACGCUUGUACAGAAGAGAAUACAGAACUAGUUAAAGGAUACGAAGCUCUUAAAGCUCAGUGUGGAGAUCUGUUGAAUGUUACCUACACAGUUCCCAUACAAUACGUUGCACCAAUCGCAAUAGCAUUUUUAUGGAUGCUGUUUGAAAAAAUAUUCUAAUGUUCUCUAACUCUGUACAUAGUUAUUGUUCAUACUAUUAUAUUUGAUUUUUUAUGAUGUCACAUGUUAAGCAUAUUAUUAUGAGAUAUAGUAUAAAGUAAUUAUGAUAAUAACAAUAAUAAUAAUAAUACCAAGCAUUACAGGAUACUCCAGCAUAUUGUUUCGGUUGCAAUUGAGAACCUUUUUUUAUACGAAAAGAAAACAAACAUAAUAAAUAAAUCAACAGUGUACAUAUAUACAUAUAUUAUAUUUAACUCUAAAAGUCAAGGAUGUGAAGAUAAGUUUAUUCGCUUCCAUUAUUAGUAAACAUUGAAUGGAAGCUCAGCAUCUUACCAUUUCAAUUCAAGAACCAGAAAGAAAUCAAAUAUUUAUAUUAUUUUACUUCUAUUUAUAUCCUUUACUCUUCAGUACACAUAAAAACAUUCAAGCAUUGUGCCAAUUCUUCGGAGUUGGAGAUGUGUUAGAAAAAUAUAUAGACAAUACUGGCGUACCGUAUAAAAAAUGAAUAACCACUUUGCCAAUUUCAAUACCAUAUCGUUUUUAACGUAUAUAACGUAUUUCUACACUGAAAAAAAAAACGACAUCCAAAUUUAUCGUAUGUAUCAUUGAUUAUUAUGCAUUUUCAUUUGCAAGUAAUCGUGAUAAUGUAUAUUGGUAAAUAAAAUAACUAGAAUGCAAAAUUUUUUAUAACUUAGCACGGAGAAUCUUUUAUACUCAAACUAAGUGAAUAUUCAGGAAAAUUCAAACAUUUAUGCAAAUAUGUAAAAUUUAUUCUCUACUGUACUAGCAGAUAUCACGCACUGAAUAUUGCCUGUGGAAAGCACUUGGUUCUGUUAUAUGUUAAAUUUUAUUGUAAUAAAUACAUUAAUGCAAUGUUAAUUGUUAGUUGGUAAUUAUGUUCUUGUUAUUUAAAUUUUCACAAUAUGGUUUACAGAACACCUCAAUGUGGUAUUGAUCAGUAUGGGCCUAGAGUUAUUUUCAUAUUGGCAAUAAAUAAAAUAAUGGUCUCUCUUAAUUAUUCGUCGUUUAUAGUAGAUUAAAAAUUUAUUAUAUUUUCUUAUCAUGUUAGUUUUUGUAGUGUGCCAUUGAUUAAUUCGAUUCUUUCCAUUUUGCAAAAAAUAACUGAAAGAUGUUGCACUAUCUUUCCAGCGUAAAAUGCAGCAUGCUGUAGAAUGAAACCAAUUUGGAAGGUUUGAGAUAGAAUAUGACGAUAAUAGUUAUUAAAUUCUGUACAUAUUUUGUUGAUAUAAUAUUAAUACCUAUGUAACAGUCAUUAUAUAAAACGAAAUAAAAUUAAAUUAAUUGAAAUUUUA